GUAUACUGAGUAUGUAUCAAAAUAAGGGAAAAAUAAAUGGCGCGCCGAGUUCUCGUGAAUACGCUGAAGAGACAAAGUCUUCCUAAUUACGGGGAAAAUCGAGCAAACGGCCUUUGCCUAUAUAGUUAAGCGCGUGAAAUAAUGCACGCAAAAGUUACGAGCACUCAAUAUUGAGCUCCGUACAACAUCAAACUUUCAAUAGAGCGAUAAGUGGAAAUAGUCUUUUGGCAGCAUUCAACUUAGUGAUAUAGAAAGACAGUGGCUGAACCAUGGAUAUGGACUACAAAGCUUUGGCAACAGUCGAAGGAGCUGAUAGCUACCAAGAGGCAGCCGUCAUUCUGGAGGGCCCGCCGAUAGAAAUCUUUGCGCAGCGCGCCGCUCCGACUGUAGUGCUGAAACCACUUCGGCAAACACAAGGAAAGUUUUAUUUUGAAUGCAAAACAAAUACAGGCGGCUACAUGCAGCUUGGGUGGGCAGACGAAAGCUUUACGGCCGUAGCUGACGAAGGCAAAGGCUGUGGGGAUGAUCAGCAUUCGUGGGCCUACGACGGAAUGAGGGGUUUGAAGUGGCACAAUAAUAAGAAAAAACAAUAUGGCCGACGGUGGAAGGCUGGUGAUGUGAUUUGCAUGGCUGUCAAUUUGGAAGACGGAGAGGUUAGCUUCGGUUUGAACGGUGAUUGGGAAGGAGAAAUGGGCUGCGCCUUUUCAGGAGUAACGUUCGAGGGGGCUGUCUAUCCAUGCUUGUCCCUCAUGAGAGGAGAGAGGGUACAGAUUAACUUAGGCACUGAAACGAAUCCCUUCGUCCACAUCCCGCCGGAAGGGUUCUUUCCUCUGAAAGUGAUACAUCCAGCCGCAGUUUCAGAGACUGAAUAUAACAGGUUCUCCACCUUUGCGAACGUUAUACAAAUGGGGCUGGCAGAAAGCAGCUUCGCUGUGUCCUUUCCCGGUGAAAUCAUGGUGACGAUGAUGAGGAGGGGAUUGGCAUACGAGGGUAAAAAGAACGCUCUUAUUCACGCUGGAUAUGAAGAAGCCAUGAAGAAAUGGCCUCAAAUGAAAGAAACACUUGAAAUCAAUUCUGGCCGCGCUGGUCUGACAGAUGACGAGAUUUUCGCUGUCAUUUGUUACACGUUGGAGAAUCCACCUGUGUAUCGCUAUUUCAACAGCGACACCAGGAGAGGUUACACAGGCGAUGGCAUGGAUUUCCCAAUUCUAUCGUACCUUCUCCGAGAGGCUUGCCGGAAAAUUCUCGCGGCCACGCCCAAAGAAAGUCGCACAAGAAUCGUUUACCGCGGUGUCAACAUACGAUUUACCGCAAAACCUGGUCAAAUAGUACGAUUUGGCUCUUACACCUCAUCCACCGGUAAUAUCAAAGUAGCAGAGGACUUCCAGAAAAAAUCGAACGGAAGUCAGUUUGUCAUUGUCACUAGGAUAGGAGCUUCCAUUAAGAUGCUUUCGGCUUUUCCCGAGGAGGAUGAAGUACUGCUUCCACCAUAUGAGGUGUUCAGGGUCCACAGAGUGGAGGAGGAACCUUCAAGGAUCUUCUUAACGAGCUGCUUUGAUGAUUCGUUCGUCGACAGGUACAUUGUCGACGGCAGUGCGGUUAGCGAGGCAGAGGCGCUGGUGAAAAAGUUGACUGAGUGAGAGAAAGCUUCGACUCUGCGAGCAGGACAGCACUCUGGAUUAGGGAGUGGAACUGUGCAUCUGUUACUCGUGUCUCUAUAUUUAGGCACCGCUUUACAAAUAACCAUGUUCAUACCCCUCCGGUAAAUUUGGUUAAUGUUAAACCCUUUAGUGACUGGGAUCUAAAUUCUCAUUACAGCAUUACUGCUGAAUCAAACACUAAGGUCGUGAGGAUAAGGAAAUCGAUCACCAACUGAAGAAGAUCGUCAUUGUCAAACAAUUUCUCCAAGUCAGUACUAUAGGAAAUGAAUAGAGAGCAGUACGGAGAAUACACGUAUUGAUGAGAGGGUGUCAAAGGUUAAUGCGAAAAAGUUACUCGACAAUAGCCUUUGCGCGUAUAUACAUUUACGGGAAAAAAAAAUUUGUGCGUCAGCGUAUUUAUUCCAUUUUGAUGAGCAAAUUCUUCGUUGUACUUUUGAUUGAUAUCUUUACUUAUGAAACUUUUGACUUCGUACGUUCGAAAUAUUUCGAAUAUUUCAGUUCUUUUUAGAACCAGAGCGCACUAUUGUGAUACGAGUAGAUUUUGAGGGCUAAUUAUUGUAGGGAACUGAAGCGAAAUAACUUUCAAUCUCUCUGGUAAUAAAGCAAACAAGAGAGUAUAUUUCGAAUGUAAUCACAGUGGGGUAUUUCCGUUUCGAUGAUAUAUCAGGAAGACUGUCCAUGACUUACUAUCAAUUCUAAAUUAUCUGCGGCAAAUCAUUCUAAUUUUGAAAGUGUUAAUCGACCUUUGAUCUAGUUUCUUUUGCACAUCCAAAAUGAAUUUACUAACUCAGUUGAAGAAUAAUUGCAUCGUCCCCAGUGACUCAGAGAGGUGACUGAUAAAAUACGUAAGCCAUUGAACGCAUUUUCCAUCGCUUUAAAUGCUUUUGUAAUCCACGUGACUUGGGACUGAGAAGAACACGAGAGAAAUUUGUAAUCACAAGCCAAAUACUCGUGAUUUCAGAAGCCAUUGGAGUGUUAAUUCUCCUAACAUUCCGAGCGGGAGAUAAUGGCGUCAAACCGACAAACAAACA